UUCGUCGGCCCAGGACCUAGAUCCCAUCCUGUAAACGCGCGGAUCGGGAUUUUUGAUUACUUGUCGAUCGCGAUUUUGAGUGAGCGAGAGAACGCGAGAAAUUUCGCGUCUUCCGCUCGUGUCUUUAAAACGCGAAGGACUCGGGCAAAAGAAUCAGAAUUACAGACUAGCAUCGUGUUUACAUUUUCCGAUGGGAAAUACCAGGAUCUUCCGACGUUUCAUAGAAAUAGAGGAAUCUUAAUUAGAGGGUGAAACGCAAUAUCUCGCCCGGUGGUCGAUUCUUCCAAGAGGCGACGUGCGCAAUUCGUACCGCGGAUGUUAGUGAACGAAGUUUGUUAUCGCUAUGAAAACGACGAGCGGUUCCUUGAACGACGAUCAUGAACCGUGACGAUCCACAGCGUGGCAACUGGCUAAGUUUUGGCAGCUUCUCGUCAGCAGAAAUCAUGGCAAAUGUCGAACGGCCGCACAGCAUCGUGAACGCGAAAACAUGACCAACUCGCAGAUGGAAAAAGUGAUUAUGACGAUGGUUACUCGAUCGUAAUGAGAUCGAGCGAAGGGCCUGAUCGCGCGUGAGGAAGUACCACACGAAUAGAAUCGCGAAGCGAUAACGGCGGAAACGCGUGAAAACGAUGGGGUCCUUGCCGAAUCUUCAUGAGCUAUCGAAAGAGAAACUGGAGAGCCCGGUGUACAAACCGGCGCCAAUCGGCGGUCUUGGUCCAGUGCGAUUGCCGCCGCAGCCUCCGCCGUUGGCGCACUCGCAUAAACGCGCGAGAAGCAGUGGACAUCAUCAUUCUACUUUGGGUGACAAUGAUGCCAUGCUGGAGCACAUGGCGGCAUACUCGCCGAUCUCCUGCCGGUCCACGCGCACAUCGGCGCUGUCGUGGCGACGUCGCGAUUCCAUGAACUCGUCGGCGGGCGCAUCGUCGGUGCGCCGACUAAUCGCGGCGGUCCGAGCGACCCCGGCCGGGCCUCGGCCGCCACGUAAGGCCAUAUUACGGCACAUCGCGGCCCUACUGCUCGGCCACGCGAGCUGCUCGGCCGCCACGCUGCCCAUCUUCCCGUUGCAAGCGGGCCUGGGCGCGUUUGAGCCGCAUUUGGGUCCGGUGCUACUGGCGCAGCUCUACAUGAUGGCAGCCGCGACCAGCUGCUUCGCGCCCAUCGUCGUACAGCGGCUCGGCACAAAUCUUGCCAUCACCGCGAGCCACGUGGUCACCGCGAUCUUCGUCGGCGUGCAUUUGUAUCCCAAAUGGUACAUACUCGCACCUAGUUACGCGAUGCUAGGUUGCUGCGCCAGUUCGAGCUUUUUAGCGAGGACGUCGCACGUCAACGUAUCCGCGAGUAGUCUGGCGAUGGUCUGCGUCGAUCCUGAAGAUCCGGAUGAGACGCGACGCGAGUGCUUGUUAAGAAGGCUCAAUCGGGGAAUCAAACUGGCCGAAGAUAUCGGUCUCGCAAUCGGUUGCGUCAUCGCCGCGGUUCUCGUUAGAUUAACGGAUGUGAUACCGACUAGCAUAAUGAACAGCGACAUUGGGGAUGUCUGCGGAGCUGCGUAUUGUUCGGAGGAGAUGUACUUUUACAACGAAUCGCUCUAUGUGCCAACGAUCGCGUCGAGCACGUCGAGGAUGCUCGUCAGUAUUUGGCUCGGUCUGGCAGUGCUCGGUUUAGGCAUAUCUUGUGCAUUCCUCGAUUCGAGGAUGCAAGAGCCUCAGGCGAACCAUGAUCGUACCAGCGUCAAGGAUAUCCUCAAGUCCGUAAAAUGCGCUUUUCAGGAUCCGAAGCUUCAGCUCGCGGCGCCGCUCACGCUCUUUAUCGGACUGGAACAAGGUUUCAUUUAUGCCGAUUUUAUGGAGGCGUAUGUAGUGUGCACCUCAGGCGACGCCGGCACGGUCACUUUAAACUUCCUGAGCUUGGCUCUAUUACAAGCUCUCGCCGCCGUAACACUCUCGAUGCUAUUGAGACAGAUUAAAAGGUACUAUGUUGUGGUCGUGGGUUUCGCCUUCCACGCUUGUCUCUUGCUUGUCUUGCUCACUUGGAGACCCACAGGAGACGACCCAGCUCUCUUCCACGUCAUAUCAGCUGCCUGGGGAGUUUGUAAUUCCAUUUGGGAGACUUUGAUAUACACGCUGGUGAUGGGCCUCUACCCGAACUCAUGGCAGGGACCGCUAUCGACGUCGCUCUUCUGGCGUUGGCUCGGACUGACUCUCGCGCUCAGCCUCCAUGGCGCAGUGUGCACCCGUUAUCGCGUUCUGGGCCUCGCCGCGACCCUGGUUCUGGCGGUGGUACCGCAUCUCUGGCUGGAGAGCCGUCUAGCGCGCCGUGGUAAAACGCUGGCACCCUUAUGACCGGGCGAUUCGACGGCGAGCGAGCGCGGGUCCACCAGCGUCGAGACGGCGACAGCGACCGACGUCAGACACCGGGGGGACUGAGAGCGAGCCGUUCCAUCCAGCAUCGCGACGAGAUCCUGGACGGGGAUCGUAUCUGGUAGACGCGGUAGCUACAGAAGCAGCAGCCUGAUGACUCAGUUGCAGGAGCAUCAAACGAAGCAAGUCGGUGGCGGUGGCGAUGCCGGUGCAUCGAUCAAGGUCAAGACGCGACGCAGGGCGAAUAGCGUCGCGUUUGCCUGUCGCACCGAUUACGGUCUGCCCGACGACAGCGAUGAUGAUCUGCCGAAAAAUCCGCUGCUUCUCAUCGCGGAACCAGAACGUCGCAGGAGUGCCAUCGACAGCGCCGAAGGAGCGAAGGGGCGCGAUCGCGCCAAGAUUUUUACACUUUCGUGAGGAAGACGUCUUUGUCCCACGGACGUGAGAUUUCGCUUCUGAAGCUUCUAUCGUCGAGCCAUGUAAUAGCAGCCGUACUCGGCAUGCGACGUUCUAGUGCGAUGCGCUGGAUAAUGUGUCGAGAAAGAGCUUUUGAAUCAUAAUCGUCCUUCAACCGAUCUCAAAAGAUUCGAAGAACGAAAGCCGCUUUUCGUCCUCGAUACGAGGAGAAAUUGCUUUUAACUUGUGUGUUUACGGUCCAAGAUUUGAAUUAAUCGUGGAAACACGCAAUCGAUACACCGAUAUCCAGCGCAUCUCGUGCGAGCACAGACUAUUGCAGCUAUUGCAGUGUCCUAUUUAAUACUCGACUCGGAAAAGAGAGAGAGAAAGAGAGAGUUGUCUCUUUCCCUCCGCAAAUUUGGAGCGAGGACGGCGACGAUCGAUAGAUGCUUUAAAGCUCUCUCCAGGUGCAUUUAAGCUGCGAUUAAUAAGGAUAGCUCUUCCAAAGCUGGAUGGAACGGCUGUGUAUACGGACAUUAUAUACAUACACGUAUAUACACACACACACACACACACACACACACACACACACACACACACAUAUA